UAACUCCAGCUCGUCCAAGCGGGAGCGCUCGGAGCGGAGCGGUAGCGCUGGAAUGACACCGCUCCCUCCCUGCGGGAGCUGCGGGAUGGAUGCCUGGUCCCAGCCUGGACUUUAUGGGGCAAACUGGGGCAGGACGAGGCCGUGGCAGCUCGGCCGGGCGGCGGCGGCUCCUCGUAUCUCCUUCCUCUGCUGCUUUUCUGCAGAGAUGUGAAGAAAUGAUAAAGUGGGAGGCUGAUCUCAGGCCGCCGGCGAUGGCCAAAACUGAUUAAAGAGCUGAGAGCUUGGAAGCCUUCCUGUAUGUGUCAACAUGAAAACAGUCAUUAGAGGCGGCGAGCGCGGCGAGAGCGCUGCCGCUGCUCCAUCAGGGAAGGUUCCCUGGCAGCGAUGGAGGAAGGUGAGGAUGCCCCAGUGGGGGACAGGAGCCCCUCGGAGAGGGACGGGGCCACCUCGGACUGCGAGGGCUCGGCCGAGCGCGACACCUGCAGCCCCCCCGGCAGUGAAGAGUCCAGAGAUGCUCUGGAGAGCCCCAAGGAGCUGGAGAAGCUGGAUCCUGGAGAAAACCCCCAGGAGGCAGACACCUGGAAUGGGCCAGAUGAGCUGGCUCUGGAGGUGCAGGAUGGGCAGAGACGGCUGCGGACCCGCAGGAGCCUCCCCGAGGGUUUCUCCUGGGGUCCCUUCCAGGGCAGCAUCCACAGCGAGCCGGCAUCGCCAGGGCACGGUGACACGAGCCCCCCUGUGACGCUGGUGCUGGGGGACGAGAGCUGCUGGCUGUCCCACCUGCCCCUCGUGCCCGGAGAGCCCGAUGCCAACGCUGUCAUCUACAGGAAGGACGAAGCCCUGUGGUGCCGCACGACGCGGGCGCUGCGGGAGGACGAGCCCCUGAGCGCCUUCGUGGUGGCAGAGCCACCAGCUGUCCCCAACCACGGCGUGAAAGCGGAGCCUGGAGAGUCCCCGUACCCGGCAGCGCUGCACUCGGACAUCCAGCUGCUGCCACAGCAGGCUGGCAUGGCCGCCAUCCUGGCCACUGCUGUGGUCAACAAGGAUGUGUUCCCCUGCAAGGACUGCGGGAUCUGGUACCGGAGCGAGCGGAACCUGCAGGCCCACCUGAUGUAUUACUGUGCCAGCCGGCAGAGCGCCGGCGCCGGCUCCCCGGCCCUGGAUGAGAAACCCAAGGAGAGCUAUCCCAACGAGAGGGUGUGCCCCUUCCCUCAGUGCAAGAAGAGCUGUCCCAGUGCCAGCUCCCUGGAGAUCCACAUGCGGAGCCAUAGCGGAGAGCGGCCGUUUGUCUGCCUGAUCUGCCUGUCCGCCUUCACCACCAAAGCCAACUGUGAGCGGCACCUGAAGGUGCACACGGACACCCUGAACGGUGUCUGCCACAGCUGUGGCUUCAUCUCCACCACGAGGGACAUCCUGUACAGCCACCUGGUCACCAACCACAUGAUCUGCCAGCCUGGCUCCAAGGGAGAGGUGUUCUCACCUGGGUCAGCCCUUCCUGCUGCCAAACCCCUCGCUCCCGGGCUGAGCCAGCCGAACAACGCGUCCCUGCGGAAGUGCAGCCUGAGCGCGUUCCUGCCCGAGGCACUGCCCGCCCUGCCGCAGCACGUGGUGCUGCCCGGCCCCGCUCCCGGCCCCGACACCGCCCCGGUACCGGCACCGGUACCGGCACCAGCACCGCCCUCCUCACCCCCCGACCCCAGGGCCGGCAAACUCUCACCCCCAGCCCAGCCGCAGAAUGGGGAAGGGCCUUCAUCGGCAUCCUCCUCGUCCUCCACGUCCGGCGAGCCCGUGCGCAUCAAGGAGGAGCCGGGCUGCAGCCCGGCCAGCGAGGCAGAGGCGCCCAAGAGCGGGGAGGGGGUCGGCAGCCCCGAGCCUGGCUCCCGGACCUCGUCCCCCCGCAGCCUGUCCUCGGCCAAGGUCAAGUCGGAGCUGGCCAGCCCCACGCCGGGCUCCAGCCCCGUGCCCAGCGAGCCGGGGACAGGCACGGCUGGUGGCACCGUGUUCCUGCCCCAGUACGUGUUCGGCCACGAGGCCGCCGUGGUGCCGCAGGCGUCGGAGAUCCUGGCCAAGAUGUCAGAGCUGGUGCACAGCCGGCUGAAGCAGGGCCACGGGGGUGGCGCGGUGCCACCCGCCAUCUACCCGGGCACGCCGGUGCCCAAGGGGGCCACCUGCUUCGAGUGCGAGAUCACCUUCAACAACAUCAACAACUACUACGUGCACAAGCGCCUGUACUGCUCCAGCCGGCACCUGGCCGAGGACAGCCCCCCCGGGCAGCAGCGCAAGCUCAAAGCCCCCCCCGGGGUCCCCAAGGGUCCCCCCGCCCCGGGGACGCUGCUGUCCCCUCCGGCGGGCAACGGGCAGAGCCUGGCACCGGGCGACGGGGACGCUGGGCGCGAUGCCACCCCGCCGGUCACCGCGCCGGAGGGCAAGGCUGAGGAGGGGGGCACCAAAGCGGGGUCCCCCGAGGCGGAGGGGGGGUCAGGGCGGUGCAGCGAGGACAGCCAGAGCCCCGCCAGCUCGGCGGGGGACGAGGGGGACGAGGACCCCAGCAAGACUCUGUGCGAGGCGUGCAACAUCCGCUUCAGCCGCCACGAGACCUACGUGGUGCACAAGCGCUUCUACUGCGCGUCCCGGCACGAUCCCCCCCUGCGCCGCCCCAGCGCCCCCAAAGUGCCCUUCCUGCCGCAGCCGCUGCGCACCCGCAAGCGCCGCAAGCUCUACGAGAUCCACGGCACCGCCCGCCGCCCCGCCGAGCCCCCGCCGGCCCCGGAGCCGCCGCCGCCGGCAGAGCCGCCCGUGGUCACCCCUGAGCCCCACGCCAGCCCCGAUGCUGAGGGUCCCAUCGACCUGAGCAAGAAGCCGCGGUGGCAGAGCGAGCCGAUACCGGCACCGGCACCGAGCCCGCUGCUGCCCCUGGCUGAUUACCACGAGUGCACCGCCUGCCGCAUCAGCUUCAACAGCCUGGACGCGUACCUGGCGCACAAGAAGUACCAGUGCCCCGCCACGCCGCUGCAGCCCCGCACCCUGGAACACCUGCAGAAGAUGAAGGGGGCCAUGGGCACCCCCCUCAAGGGCCGGCACAGCCCCGGCAGCCCCGGUGAGGGGGACCCCGAAGGAGGGGUGCGGGUGAGGGCGGCCCCGGCGGGGAGCCCCGGCAUCCCCUACCCCGGGGCGGACUCGCUGCAGCGCCACCCCAAAGGUCCCCUGCCACCGGCGGGUGCCAAGGGUCCCCUCGCCGCCUGUCCCUACUGUCCCCUCAACGGAGCCAUCAAGGGAGACCUCCUCGAGCACUUCCGAAACGCCCACGGGCUCUUUGUGGCCAAGCCGCCGGCGGGGGCCGGCCAGGGGCUCCCGGACGCGCUGGCCCCCGGUGCUGGUCCCGGCAGGACGCCCGAGCCCCCCCUGCCCACGGCGUCCCCUCCUCGCCCGGCCGGCCCCCGCCUCCGCCGGGACAGCCUGAGCACCGCCAAGGAGGGCAGGGACAGCCCCCGGCCCCCCGGCUCCCCCCGGGCCCCCGCCUCGCCCGGAGCCCCCGAGGCGCUGCGGGAAGGAGCCCGCAAGCCCCCCACGCCCCCCGCCUACACGGACAGGGGCGUGCAGACCCCCCCGGCCAAGGCUGUGCCCGGCCCGGUGCCCAACGGCAACCACAGGUACUGUCGCCUCUGCAACAUCAAGUUCAGCAGCUUGUCCACCUUCAUCGCCCACAAGAAGUAUUACUGCUCCUCGCACGCUGCAGAGCACGUCAAGUAACCCCCCCAGAGCCCCCCACCACCGCUCGGGGGGCUGCAGGGGCUGGGGGAUGGAACCGGUGCCUGACACCCCCAACCCAUGCAGGGGUUGGGGUGAUGGAGGAUUCCCCCUCCCCAGGAGGCUCCACCGGGGCAGCUUCAGCAUCUGGAGCUCCAAAUUUCGCCCCCCUGGUUGGGGGGUGAGGACCCUGGUGAUGGGGGUCAGCCCCCAGCUGUGCCCCAGGGGGAAACUGAGGCAGGGGACGGUGCACAGCCCUGCCCUGGGGGCUGCAGGGGGCUUUUCCCCCACGUAGACACUACGGGGCUGGGGUGGGUGUGGGGGGCACAGCUUUGGCCUCAACACCUCAGGAAAUCUGGGGGUGCCCUCAGCACAGAGCUGACCCUGCAUGGAGCCAGCGAGGAUGGAGCUGCCCUGGGAACUGUGUGUAUAAGUGUGUACAGAAAUAAAUAUGUCUGCUAAACAUC